AGGACGGCAAGAAGUCGGUGAAGGACCUCUCCGAGACAGACGCGGUGAGGAGGUUCCUGCGCGGCAGCGACUGCAUUGCCGGUGUCUACGUGGAGGCGACCAAGGAGAAGCUGAACAUUUACGAGGCCAUGAAGAGGAACCUGCUGAGGCCCAGCACCGCCGUGGUCCUCCUGGAGGCGCAGGCAGCCACCGGCUUUUUGGUGGACAUCCCCGUGGGCAGCCGGGCGGGCUCCUCCAUGUCGCUGUGGGAGAUCAUGCACUCGGACCUGCUGCCCGAGGAGCAGCGGAAGCACCUCAUGGAGGAGUUCCAGUCGGGCCGCGUCUCCAAGGAGCGCAUGAUCAUCAUCAUCAUCGAGAUCAUCGAGAAGACCGAGAUCAUCCGGCAGCAGAACCUCACCUCCUACGACUACGUCCGGCGCCGCAUCACAGCUGAGGACCUCUACGAGGCCAAGAUCAUCUCUCUGGACAUCUACAACCUGCUGAAGGCGGGCUCCAAAACCUUCCGGGAGGUCCUGGACGUGGAGGCAGUCUGGAGGUACCUCUACGGGUCGGGCUGCGUGGCCGGCGUCUACAUCCCCUCCUCCAGGCAGACACUCAGCGGUGUGGUGGGGCCCGAGAUCCACGACCGGCUCCUGUCCGCGGAGAGGGCUGUCACCGGUUACAGAGACCCCUACAGCGAGCAGAAGAUUUCCAUCUUCCAGGCCAUGAAGAAGGACCUCAUUCCCAGCGAGGAGGCCCUCAAGCUCCUGGACGCCCAGAUAGCCACCGGAGGCGUCGUCGACCCGCACCUGGGCUUCCACCUGCCCCUGGAGGUGGCCUGCCAGCGCGGCUUCAUCAACAAGGAGACGUACGAGAUGCUGUCCGAGCCCAGCGAGGUGCGGAGCUACGUGGACCCGUCCACGGAGGAGAAGCUGAGCUACACGCAGCUCCUGAGGCGGUGCCGGAAGGACGGGCUCGUCCGCUCGCAGGUGAUGGACGAAGCCACCGCCCAGCGCCUCCAGGAGGGCCUCACCUCCAUCGAGGAGGUCUCCAAGAACCUGAAGACGUUCCUGGAGGGCACCAGCUGCAUCGCCGGUGUCUUGGUGGACUCCACGAAGGAGCGGCUGUCCGUGUACCAGGCCAUGAAGAAGGGGAUCAUCCGGCCGGGCACCGCCUUCGAGCUGCUGGAGGCACAGGCGGCCACGGGCUACGUGAUCGACCCCAUCAAGGGCCUCAAGCUGACGGUGGAGGAGGCCGUGCGGAUGGGUAUCGUGGGCCCCGAGUUCAAGGACAAGCUGCUCUCCGCCGAGAGGGCGGUCCCGGCUACCGGCUACCGGGAUCCCUACUCCGGAAAGCUCAUCUCCCUCUUCCAGGCCAUGAAGAAGGGCCUGAUCCUGAAGGACCACGGCAUCCGCCUGCUGGAGGCGCAGAUCGCCACCGGCGGCAUCAUCGACCCUGAGGAGAGCCACCGCCUGCCCGUGGAGGUGGCCUACCAGAGGGGGCUCUUCGACGAGGAGAUGAACGAGAUCCUGCUGGACCCCAGCGAUGACACCAAGGGCUUCUUCGACCCCAACACGGAGGAGAACCUCACCUACCUGCAGCUGAUGGAGCGCUGCGUCACCGACCCGGAGACGGGGCUGCGCCUCCUGCCCCUGAAGGAGAAGAAGCGGGAGAGGUGAGCCCCCCCCCAGAGCCCCGCCCGCAAGCGCCGGGUGGUGAUCGUCGACCCGGAGACGGGCAAGGAGAUGUCGGUGUACGAGGCGUACCGCAAGGGCCUCAUCGACCACCAGACCUACCUGGAGCUGUCGGAGCAGGAGUGCGAGUGGGAGGAGAUCACCACCUCCUCCUCCGACGGCGUGGUGAAGUCCAUGAUCAUCGACAGGCGCUCGGGGCGCCAGUACGACAUCGACGACGCCAUCGGCCGGGGCCUGAUCGACCAGUCGGCGCUGGACCAGUACCGCUCGGGCACCCUCUCCAUCACCGAGUUCGCCGACAUGCUCUCCGGCAACAUGGGCGGCUUCCGGUCGCGCUCCUCCUCCGUGGGGUCGUCCUCCUCCUACACCACCAGCCCGGCCCCG